AUGCACCCUGCAAUUUUCGAGGAUCCUAAACAGAAACAGAAAGUAGAUAAAACCCAUUAUCGAAACCAACAUCUUACCCUCGCUUCACCAGAUCUACCCCAUCUGCCGAUCCUCCAACCGGCUCGAAAUUCUCCGCCCAAGUCCACAUCUCCAUCUAUGUGUCCACCUGUCAACUUUGCUCUACUAGGAUCCAGAGUCUCCCUUUAUACUUAUCCUCAUCUCAAUGCCCACCCAUCAUCGCCACCAAAGAAAUACUCAGUGUGUAUUAUCUUUGUGCCAGCCAAGAAAACCCCGUUGUUUCAAACUCUCGACCCUGGCUUGGCGAUCAUUUGGGAAUCAUGCGUUUCCAAAAGAGGUUGGGCCAGUCAGGGCACUGACGCUCGGCAUGCGGGCACUGCCGAAGGGUAUUAG